AUGAUGAUAUUCAAUGAUGACAGCUUUAGCAGGGUUGCUUUUCAUAAUUUGCUUAAACUUAAAGGCAGCGGUGACGGCGGCUCUGGAGGCCGCAGUCCCGGUCCUGGCUUCGGCCCCAGCCCCACCGUGUUGACGCUCGCUGAGCUGCUGGUGUUCCGGGCCACGGUCUCGGGCUACUUCAUCAGCAUCGACGCGCAUGCUGAGGAGUGCUUCUUCGAGCAGGUCACCUCGGGCACCGAGAUGGGCCUCAUCUUCGAGGUGGCCGAGGGUGGCUUCCUGGACAUCGACGUGGAGAUUGCAGGGCCUGAUAAUAAAGGAAUGUAUAAAGGAGGCCGGGAGUCCAGUGGGAAAUACACCUUUGCUGCUCACAUGGCUGGAACAUUUUUUUGUUUUAGCAGUAGGAUGUCCACCAUGACUCCAAAGAUAGUGAUGUUCACCAGUGAUAUUGGGGAGGCCCCCAAAGGACAAGACAUGGAAACAGAAGCUCACCAGAACAAGCUAGAAGAAAUGAUUAAUAAGCUCACAGUGGCAAUGACAGCUGUAAAGCAUGAACAGGAAUACAUGGAAGUUCGGGAGAGAAUACACAGGGCAAUCAAUGACAACACAAACAACAGAGUGGUCCUUUGGUCCUUCUUUGAAGCUCUUGUUCUAGUUGCCAUGACAUUGGGACAGAUCUACUACCUGAAGAGAUUUUUUGAAGUCUGGAGGGUUGUUUAA